UCUGUACCGGCAUAACCUCUUCUUCCCUUCUGUAAAUAAAACAGGCAGCGUCUGGUCACACCGACGAUCGACCAUAUCACCGAAGCUGGCCUUCAGUCCGAAGCGAGCCAUGGCCGAGCUCCGGCACUCGAGCUCGCUCGGAAGCCGGGCCUCGUCCUCUCCGAUGAAGCGCGACGGCGACUCCUCGCCCCUCGUCCCCGAUUCCCGCCCCGUCGGCCACGACGACGACGACGACGGCGGCGGCGGCGGACGCCAUUCCUCCCGGGAUCGCGACCGUCCGCUCUGGUCGCACGUCCACUCCCUCUGCCCCCCUCAUUUCCCCGAUGACCCUAGGGUUUCCCCUCACAGCUCCAGGAUCUCGGUCUUCCUGCUCCUCGUCGUCGCUCUCGUCGGGCUGAUCUCGAUCUUCUCCAUCGUGCAUCGCCUGAAUGCCCCAUACCUCUGCCGGAAAGAUGGCAUCGUUCUUCAUUGCCCUCGUGUCAAGGAGUCUCCUUCGCUUUGGGAAAAUCCAUACUCGGCAACCACUUCAUGGAAGCCUUGUGCUGAGCGUCGUGAUGGUGGAAUAUCGAAUGUUCCUCCUGAGAAUGAAACAAAUGGCUACAUAUUCAUCUAUGCUGAGGGCGGUUUGAAUCAACAAAGAAUCGCGAUAUGCAAUGCUGUUGCUGUUGCUAAAAUUUUGCAUGCUACUCUUAUUUUACCAGUAUUAAAGCAGGAUCAGAUCUGGAAAGAUCAAACGAAAUUUGAGGAUAUUUUCGAUGUGGACCAUUUCAUUGAUUAUCUGAAAGAUGAUGUUCGGAUUGUGCGCGAUAUCCCUGAGUGGUUCACUGAUAAGUCAGAGCUGUUGACAAGCAUCAGACGGACAGUGAAGAAUAUUCCAAAAUAUGCACCCGCACAAUUUUACAUUGACAAUGUUCUACCUCGCAUCAAGGAGAAAAAGAUAAUGUCGCUUAAACCCUUUGUCGAUCGUCUUGGGUAUGAUAAUGUUCCCCCAGAGAUCAACAGACUUAGGUGCAGGGUGAAUUACCAUGCUCUUAAGUUUCUCCCAGAAAUUGAAGAAAUGUCGAAUUUACUGGCAUCAAGGAUGAGAAACCGCACUGGCAGUCAGAAUCCCUACAUGGCGCUUCAUCUUAGGUUUGAGAAAGGGAUGGUUGGCUUGUCUUUUUGCGAUUUUGUGGGGACAAGGGAGGAGAAAGCUAAAAUGGCUGAAUACAGAAAAAAGGAAUGGCCUCGGCGGUAUAAAAAUGGUUCUCAUCUAUGGCAGCUGGCCCUGCAGAAGAGGAAGGAAGGCCGAUGUCCUCUUGAGCCAGGGGAAGUUGCUGUGAUUCUGCGAGCAAUGGGUUAUCCCAAGGAAACUCAAAUUUAUGUUGCCUCUGGGCAGGUAUAUGGUGGUCAGAAUCGAUUGGCACCACUAAGGAACAUGUUCCCCAAUCUGGUGACAAAGGAGGAGCUGACGACAAAGGAGGAGCUUGAUGGUUUCAGAAAGCACGUGACAAGCUUGGCAGCCCUUGAUUUUCUGGUAUGCUUGAAGUCUGAUGUUUUUGUGAUGACCCAUGGAGGCAAUUUCGCUAAAUUGAUAAUUGGGGCACGGAGAUACAUGGGCCACCGGCUUAAAUCAAUAAAACCUGAUAAGGGCCUCAUGUCUAAAUCUUUCGGUGAUCCCUACAUGGGUUGGGCGACAUUUGUUGAGGAUGUAGUCGUAACCCACCAGACAAGGACUGGAUUGCCCGAGGAGACAUUUCCUAACUAUGAUAUAUGGGAGAAUCCUCUGACUCCUUGCAUGUGUAGAGCUUAAAACGAGGGCGUCUAAUGAGAAUUUUCUCGUGCACUAGCCCUGGCAGAGCGUUCUUUUUAGGUGUGCUCUUAAACUGGGACAGUAAUCUCUAUUCACUGUGCAAGGUGUGAAGAGUUUGUGCCAUAAGCUGAACACGUCUCUGAGUUGGCAGAAGAUCUUGGAUUUGAGCUCAUUUGUACGAGUAACUGAGCUGCAGGACUUGGGUCUCCACAUUAUUGCGGAGGGUCGUGUAUUACAGCCUUUGCUCAUGUCGCAGUGCAGAGACCUGCUCUCAGACGGUCAAAUGGUUUUCUAGUUUUAGCAUAUCCUUUCUAGCGGAUCAUGUGAGGCAAUUUCCUGUAAAGCAACUUUGAGAUGAGCAAGAGAGCAAUUUUUGUGGUUUUUUUGGUU